UUUGUGAUUGUCUGGAGAAGAGGUGCUGCCCUCUUGAGUGCAGGCCAACAAAUGAUCUCACGUGACACACGAUUAUCACUAAGCGGAUAUAAUCUACAGAUUAGAGACAUUCAACAUUCCGAUCAGGGUGAUUACACGUGUCAAAUCGGUGAUGGAUCCCCCGGGGACUUGAUACAUACCAUCGAGAUAUUAAUGCCACCCAGUAUACAAAUGGUCCCGGCGAAUGGUCAAACCACUACCCGCAAAGGGGGACCUGUGUCUUUCGAAUGCAGGACUACUGGUAAUCCUAAUCCUGUUGUACAAUGGUCAAAAAGGGAUGGUGUGUUACCAACUGGGAUGCAAGUCCAAAGCGGGUAUCUAUUAUCCCUCUCAGAUGUACAGCGUCAACAUGCAGGGGUUUACCAAUGUACAGCUUCCAAUGGGAUUGGACAACCUGUCACAGCAGAAAUAGAACUUCAUGUCCUCUAUCCACCGGAAGUCAAUGUUUUACGUUCAUGGGUCAACGCUGGUGAAGGUCUGGAAGCACGUCUUGAUUGUGUGGUCCAUGCUGACCCUCCUGCAGAGGUCACAUGGUACCAGAACUCAUUCCUUCUACAACCUACAGAUCGUAGGGUUAUGUCCCAUCAAGGACAAACGCAUACAUUGAAUAUACGUAACAUACAAUUAUCUGAUUUUGGUAACUACAGCUGUGUUGUGGUUAAUAGCAUCGGAAAGGAAAAGAAAUUCAUUGAGUUAUCCGGAAAACCGGGUCCUCCUGCUAUCACAAGCUCGCAGUAUUCUAUGCCGCAUGAAUAUAACCUUACUUGGAAUGUGCAGAGUGUGUUUCCUAUCAUGGAGGUUAGGAUAUUAUAUAGGAUGAUACAGAUUAAUUCUACUUACCACCACCCUGGUCAAUGGCAUGAUUUACUAGUACGUCCACAUCAGUCUUUCAACCCCUCAACAUCUGAGCGUUCGCAAAGUUAUCAACUGCGUAAUCUACAAGCAGAGUCUGUGUAUGAAUGUCUGGUGCAGACGAAGAACCAACAUGGUUUCGGGGAGUUGUCUGACUUGCAUCAGUGGUUCACUUCUCAGAAGGGUAGGCCCUUUGUGUCGGCCAAUACCGCGUCCUCUUUUAAUAUUAAAAAUAAUUUGAUUGGUGUUAUUUUAAGCUGUGUUUUAUUGAUUUUUAUCCAUGGCACAUAAUAUUUUAUUUAAGUAUUUAACUGUAUGUAUUUUUAUAUAUUUUAAUAUACCCUGUAUAUUAUGUUUUUGAGCACAUGAUGAUUGUAUGAUUCGAUUGAUGAGUUAAUGUGAAAUGAAAUGAAAUGAAAUUCAAGUCUGCCUUUGAUAAGAAUAAAUAAUUAUUAAACUAUA